AUGCCACGAAAAUAUGUUAAACAAAAUGUGGAAAAAAAUUAUGCCAAUGGUGAUUUUCAACUAGCUCUUGAAUCAGUAGCAAGUGGAUCUUCUAUUCGUGAUGCUGCAAAUACUUUCAAUGUUCCUUACACCACGUUGAAUUCUCAUGUCAAUACUUUGGUUUUAUAUGAAGAAGUUGGUCGUCCAACGAAAUUUACGAAAUUAGAAGAAGAAUAUCUUGAACAGGCAGCUCUUAUUCUACAGGAAUGGGGGCAACCUUUAACAAUCGACGAGUUUUUAAAUCUUGCUAAACAGUACGCUGCGUCUCUGAAUAAAAGUCAACUAUUUCCAUCAGGAGCACCAACAUACGAUUGGUUUCGAUCUUUUCUAAAGCGACAUCAAAAUUUUGUUUUGAAAAAGUCACGUCCAUUAGAAAAAAAAAGAGCAUCAAUAACAAUGGAACAAGUAGAUGGUUGGUUCGACUUGUUAUAUAAAAUCAUCCAAGAUAAUAACUUGGUAGAUCGUCCAGGACAAGUGUUCAACUGUGAUGAAACAGGUUUGUCUGACUGUAUUAGUUAUUCUAAAGUACUGGUUCGUCGACAAACACACAAUGCUUUUCGAAGUCAAGGUGGUACUGGUGGAAAAGCUUAUACAAGCUUAAUGUUUUGUGUCUCGGCAACUGGUUAUCUUUUACCACCGUUUGUUAUAUAUAAAUCAAAAAGACUAUAUCAAGAAUGGUGCAGUGGAGGACCACCAGAUACUGGUUAUAGUAAUUCUGAAAAUGGUUGGAUAGAUCAACAACUAUUCUAUGAAUGGUUUGAUCAAAUCUUUUUACAACGUACAAAAGAUUUACCACGUCCAUUAGUCCUUAUUGUCGAUGGUCAUGGUAGUCAUUUCAAGGUCGAAACGCUUCGAUUAGCUGUUCAAAAUGAAGUAAUAUUAAAGUCUGAAUAUAACCGUACACAAAAUAAAAACAUUAGCAAAGCUCAAUUUCCAUCACUGUUGAAACAAUUAUGGAUAACUGAUGCUCUUAAUCGAAAAACGAAUAUUAUUAAAUCAUUUAUGAAAGCCGGUGUGUUUCCACUGAAUCGAAGAGCUAUAGAUGUUUCACGUAUUUUACGAUCAAAUACAUCUACUGCUACUGCUUCUUCAACUACUGAUAUGAAUCAAAAUAAUAAAACAAAUAAUGUGGCGUCAUUCACGACCUCUCAACCGUUGUCAUCACCGCCGCCACCAGUAGCUUCUUCUUCGUUCAGUUCUACUACAUUCGAUUCAUCAUCUUUUAAUACUUCUCAACUUGCAAUUUCAACUCUUAACCAAGUGCUCGAUGAAACAACAUUGGAGGAUAGUCUUCGUGAUAAGGAUGAAGACGAUAUCGAUGUCGAUAUGGAUGAAAAUGAUGAUGAGGAUGAUGAUAGUGAUGAAAGUUACGUUCCUGAAUCAUUCUCAUCAAAUAUACGUACAAAGCGAAAGAGAUCAUCAUCAGAAACAACACGUCUUGAUACAAGUGAUGAUGGUAAUUCUAAUGGAUAA